CAGCCUGAGUUUUGCUUCUGUUUCUUGGGGCCAUGGGAAAGCAAAUUACCUGGCAAAGCCAAACCCACUGUUUGCUCCAGGUUGCGAACGACGCCUGGAGCCUGGGAUGGCCGAGCGGGCGGUUUAUCACGCGAGGAUGUGCCCGUGCCCUCGCUGACCUGCCUGCCGUCCCCGUCCCCGCUGCCUGUCCCGGCCGGCGCCAUGGGAGGAUGCUUCUCCAAGCCCAAACCAGUUGAAGUGAAAAUUGAAGUUGUGAUACCUGAGAAGGAGAGAAGCAAGGAGGAGAUGUCGCCCAACGGGAAAGCCAGCCCCCUGAUCUACAAAGUCAACGGGACUGCCCGGCAUUAUCACCUUGAGGAGCAUCCCAUUGCCAGCAAUCCCUACCACAACCCAAAGGAUGUGGUGGAAGCGUCCGUGUGCCACGUGAAGGACCUGGAGAAUGGACAGAUGCGGGAAGUGGACCUGGGCUGCGGGAAGGCUCUGCUCAUCAAGGAGAGUGGCGAGUUCCACGCCGUGGGACACAAGUGUCCCCACUAUGGGGCUCCGCUGGUCAAAGGAGUUUUGUCCAAAGGAAGAGUCCGCUGUCCCUGGCACGGAGCUUGCUUCAACAUCGGCACAGGCGACAUAGAGGACUUUCCCGGCUUGGACAGCUUACCCAGGUUCCAGGUGAAGAUCGAGAAGGAUAAGGUGUACAUCCGAGCAAGCAAGCAGGCUCUUCAGGCACAGAGGAGGACAAAGAUGAUGGCAAAGUGCAUCUCCUUGAGCAACUAUAACCUGAGCAGUACCAACGUGCUGAUCAUUGGUGCAGGGGCAGCUGGACUGGUCUGUGCAGAGACCUUGCGCCAGGAGGGUUUCUCGGACAGGAUUGUGAUGUGCACGAUGGACAGACACUUGCCCUAUGACAGACCAAAGCUCAGUAAGUCGAUGGAUUCCCACCCGGAGCAGAUCGCCCUGCGCCCCAAGGAGUUCUUCCGCUCCUACGACAUCGAAGUCCUGACCGAAAUGCAGGUUGCGGCUGUGGAUAUCAAGAACAAGAUAGCCGUGUUCAAGGAUGGAUUUAAGAUGGAAUACAACAAGCUGCUGAUAGCGACUGGAAACACGCCCAAAGCUCUCAGCUGCAAAGGCAAGGAGGUGGAAAACGUUUUCAACAUCCGGACGCCCGAAGAUGCCAACCGUGUCGUGAAGCUGGCCACAAGCAAGAAUGUGGUUAUUGUGGGAGCAUCCUUCCUGGGGAUGGAGGUGGCCGCCUACCUGGCGGAGAGAGCCCACUCGGUGUCCCUGGUGGAGCUGGAGGAAGUCCCCUUCAAGAAGUUCUUUGGGGAGAGGGUUGGCCGCGCUGUGAUGAAGAUGUUCGAGAGCAACAGGGUGAAGUUCUACAUGCAGACAGAGGUGUCGGAGCUGCGGGAGCAGGAGGGCAAGCUGAAGGAGGUUGUGCUGAAGAGCGGGAAGGUCCUGCGCGCUGACGUGUGUGUCGUCGGUGUUGGUGCAGUGCCAGCGACGGGCUUUCUCAAGCAGAGUGGCAUUAACAUCGACUCCAAAGGCUUCGUCGUGGUCAACAAGAUGAUGCAAACCAACAUCCCCGGAGUCUUCGCAGCCGGUGACGCUGUCACGUUCCCACUGGCUUUGAGGAAUAAUAAGAAGGUGAACGUCCCUCACUGGCAGAUGGCCCAUAUGCAUGGCCGUAUAGCUGCGCUGAACAUGCUGGCCCACGGCAUGGAGAUUAGCACAGUCCCGUAUUUGUGGACUGCUAUGUUUGGGAAGAGCAUCCGAUAUGCGGGCCAUGGGGAAGGAUUCGAUGAUGUUGUCAUUCAGGGAGAUUUAGAUGAACUGAAGUUUGUGGCAUUUUAUACCAAGAGCGACGAGGUGGUGGCUGUGGCCAGCAUGAACUACGACCCUAUCGUGUCCAAGGUGGCUGAGGUCCUGGCUGCCGGCAGGACCAUCCGAAAGCGCGAUGUGGAGCUGUUUGUCCGUCAUGGCAAAACCGGAGAUAUGUCCUGGCUAACCGGGAAAGGUUCCUAACGCCGCUGGUGGCUGCGCCCUCCUGACGCUGCGCUUGCUGUGGGGAGACGGGAUGGCAGCUCCACGGACAAGCGGGAACACCGCGGCUGAGUCAUUUCCCUUUGAGACUUGGAUGAACCCAGUGCCCGUCACUGUACUUACCUUCCCAGCAGACCGCUGACGGCUCCUCUGCCCCGGUGCCUACUGGGCUGGGGCUCUGCUGUUGCAGUUCCCAUGGGAUGCUGGAAAAGCAGCCCCCAGAGAGAGCGGGGUUUGGCACUGACAGCAGGCAUGGGUGCCACGUGGCCGCGGAUGCUGCCGACGGGCUGGGGGGUCCCCAGGCGGGUCUGCCCCAAGCACGUCCCUCACCCCCGUAAAUAGCGCGAGUGCCUUUCGUUGCUCCCUGUGCUUUCAAGCAUGUUGCCCCUUCCCAAAUUUUCUUCAUUCCCGGCAGAGCUCUGAUGCGCAUCCCCACGGAGCCUGACAUGCGCUCCCUCUCUGCAUGGCUGCAGCGCGUGCUACGGCUCUCCCUGUGCCCACCCAUCCCAGGGAGCACCUGAGGGGGCCAGGGAGAUGGGAGUCACAUUGGGUGGUCUCUGGACAGCCUGUGUUUGUUUCGCAUUCUCCCUUCUCCAGGCUGGUCUCCCUGUCCACCCCCCGCCCCCAGCAGAGGUGGGUCCCUGUCUAAGCCGAGGGUUCUGGAGCUUAACGGUCCCCAUCACAGCACCCACAGUAUCUCCCCGUCCUGGAGCAGACAAGGGCCUGGAGCGCUGCUCCCCAUCUCUCGGGGCUCAGUUUGGGCUUGGGCACUGGCAGCUCUCGGUCAGUCCCCGGGGUGCGGAGCAGGCGCUCCCUGGAGAGGUGCGACAGCCGGACUGCAGCCCCUGGGCUUGGUAGCCAUCCUUCCAGCCAGCCUUGUGAUGUCUCUCUGCUUAACGAUGAUCACAGGAUUAGUGCUGCUGCUGAGACGUUACUCAAGGAAAAGUAGCCAGAGGAGUAUUUCUGGCUGUCCUCUGGCCAUUGUCACUCAUUCCUCCUGUCGCCUAGUGACAAGGCUGCAUUUCUCAUCUCGGCUUUCCAUGUUGGUGCUCUGCUGUUGUGUUUUCUGCCCCUUGCUGGAAGAAGAGCCUUAUCUCCAGCUUGGGAGUGGACCUGACCAGCCCACAGCCCCAUGUCCAUCAGCCCAGCAGAGCCGAGGGGGUGAGAACCCCCCCUUGGAGAGCCUCUAGCACUCUGUCCUUGGGGAGGGUUUUUUUCCCCCAGCAGUCAGUGUUUUACCCUGAGCCCAAAGCAAGAGGAUUUAUAUUUUUAAUUUGAUUCACCCCCUAUGAAUUAAAGCAGUACUAUUCUUGGGA